AUGGAGCUUUUCGCGACCGGCUUUAAUGCCUGGAAUCAGCUCUCUUUCGAAAAAGACAUGGAAAGCAAUCAAUCUGGAUAUCCCGCCGACGUCGAACAGCUGACGAGAAUACUCUCGCGCGAUGCAAUAGAACACCUGUACGCCUCCCUUUCUUGCACCGUAGCCUCCGACACAGAAGGAUACAUCUCGCAGUUCCAAUCGGCGGAUCACUUCCGAGAUGGUAAGGCGCAAUGGCACUUCCCGGGCCUACGUGUGGUUCAAACGGUCGCGUACGAGGCAGGUUUUGCAGCCUUGACUGCCGAAGGCCAAGUAUGGACCUGGGGUGACGAGCGCUACGGCGCAUGCCUGGGGAGAGAAGUAACAGAGGAUAGCCCUGCUGGGAGGCCAUGUCGUGUCAUGGAGCUAGACGAUCUGCCCACUGGCAAGAUAGUGAAGAUUGCUGCUGGCGGCUACCUACUCAUGGCACUGACGGAGGGAAAUGACGUUUAUGCUUGGGGCGGCCAUCCAGGGCAACCUGCCAUCCUCGAGGAAGUGUCACGAAGCCCGGCGCCUGUGGUGGUUGAAGACAGUGACAUCGCGGACUGUGCAGUGGGCGAAUCCCAUGCUGUUCUUCUCACUGUCGAGGGGGAUAUCUUCGCGAUUGGUGUUAAUACAAACGGCCAGUUGGGUUUACCUGGUGAGACCCGUACUUCAUGGACCAAGUUGCCAUUCGACGCCGAAGCUGGUCUAGCUGCAUCAGCCGUCUUCUGCGGUCCGCGAAACACAUUUGUAUUAGCCCGCAAGGAUUUCAAUGCAUCAUGA